AUGGCCGAGGUGGACGGGGUGCCGACCUUCGGCGCCGAACUGAAGGACGGCUUCAAGCCCGCCAACGCCUGGGUCGCCAAUGGCAUCGCCUGGCUCGACGAAAUACAGCAGUUCUACCGCGAGCGGAGUGCGAUCGAGAAGGAGUACAGCGCCAAGCUCAGGACCCUCGCCAAAAAGUACUACGAGAAGAAGACGCGGAAGCAGGCCAGCCUGAGCGUGGGCGACACGCCUACCAUGACCCCGGGCUCUCUGGAGAGGGCUCUUCGCCAUAGUGCCUCGCUGACCACCUGGGCUACGCAACUCUCCACCCUCGAGGCCCGCGCCGACGAGGUCGACCGCUACGGCAACGACCUCGUCAACCGAGUGGCCAUCCCUCUCCAGACGCUGUCGCAGAGAUUCGAAGAGCUCCGGAAGCGCCAUGCCGAAUACGCCGACAAGCUGGAGAAGGAAAGGGACAACUCGUACGCCGAGCUCCGCAAGCAAAAGGCAAAGUACGACACGGCCUGCCAGGAGGUGGAGAGCAAGCGCAAGAAGACCGAGUCGGGCUUCAGCCAGGCCAAGGCCCAGAGCAACUACCAGCAGCAGAUCCACGAGAUGAACAACGUCAAAAACACCUACAUCAUCGCCAUCAACAUCACCAACAAGCAGAAGGAGAAGUACUACCACGACUACAUCCCCGAGGUCAUGGACAGCCUCCAGGACCUGUCCGAGUUCCGGACGCUCAAGCUGAACGGCCUGUGGACGCUGGCCUCGGAGCUGGAGAAGGGCAUGCUGACGUCGAGCACGGGCAUGAUCUCCACCCAGACGCAGGAGAUCGGCCGGAACGCUCCGCACCUCGACUCCAUGAUGUACAUGCGGCACAACAUCGGCGGCUUCCAGGAGCCCCCGGACAAGGUGUUCGAGCCCAGCCCCGUGUGGCACGACGACGACACCAUGGUCGUCGACGACCCGGCCAAGGUCUACCUGCGCAACGUGCUCAACAAGUCCAAGGGCCAGCUGGGCGACCUGAGGCGGGAGGUGGACAAGAAGAGGCGCGAGGUGGACAACGUCAAGCGGCUGAAGCAGAGGGUGCGCGACGGCACGGAGAAGAAGGACGAGGUCCUGGUGGUGGGCCAGCUGUUCGCCAUGCAGGAGGAGCUGCACUCGCUGGACCGGAGGCGCAUCACGGCCGAGGUGGAGACGUCGACCAUCACCUCGGCCGUCGGCGACGUCACGCUGGGCGCCAAGAGCCACAACUUCAAGUCGCAGACGUUCAAGAUCCCGACCAACUGCGACCUCUGCGGCGAGCGCAUCUGGGGCCUCUCGGCCAAGGGCUUCGACUGCCGCGACUGCGGGUACACCUGCCACAGCAAGUGCGAGAUGAAGGUCCCCGCCGAGUGCCCCGGCGAGCAGACCAAGGAGGAGCGCAAGAAGCUCAAGCAGGAGCGCCAGGAGGCCGCCAACGCGCUGGUCGGCGGCAGGCCCGCCGGCGGCGGCUCGGGCGGCUCGACGCCCCAGGUCGCGGAGCUGCCGGCGCUGAGCCGCUCCAACACGAUGAACUCGCUGAGCUCGGGCUACGCGGCGAGCGCGCACCGGUCCAUCUCCGGGCCCUUGUCCCCCUCGGAGGAGACCCUGCCCGAGGAGCCCAGCGGCGGCCCGCGGCCGACGCCGCCCGCGGCCGCGGCGGGGGCGAGGAAGCGCAUCAUGGCGCCGCCGCCGGCGGCCUACAUCAGCGAGCUGCCCGGCAGCGCGCCCAACGGGUCCGGAGGGUCUGCUGCCGCCGCCGGCGAGCAGAAGGGCAAGAUGCUGUAUGCCUUUGAGGCCAACGGCGAAGGGGAGCUCUCGGUGCCGGACGGGCGGGAUAUCGUCAUCCUCGAGCCGGACACCGGGAGCGGAUGGAUCAAGGUGCGCGCGGGCUACAAGGAGGGCCUCGUGCCGGCCAGCUACGUCGAGGUCGGGCCGGCGCCGGUCCCGCUCGCGGCGCAGACGACGGGCGGGUCGCUGAGGCCGGCGUCGACGUACUCGAACAACAGCGGGUCGUCGUCCGUCGGCGGACCGGGAGCGGGAGCGGCCAAGAAGAAGGGCCCCGCGGUGGCGCCGCGCCGGGGCGCCAAGAAGCUGCGGUACGUCGAGGCGCUGUACGACUACGCGGCGCAGAGCGACUCGGAGCACAGCAUGGCCGAGGGGGAGCGGUUCGUGCUCAUCAAGGAGGACCCCGGGGACGGGUGGGCCGAGGUGGAGAAGGGCGGGAUGACCAAGAGCGUGCCUGCUAGCUACGUGCAGGCUGUCUGA